UGCACUGUACCGCUCCACACACACGCGCGCGCGGCCGUGUGUUCCGAUGUGUACAUAUUAUUAUUAGAAUAUGUGUUGCCCGAAAAAUGAUGUAGAUCGGAGUCGCGAGUCAAUCUUUUGAGAUUUUUCGAGUGCUAUAUCGUUCGCGCCGUGCGUGUCAGGCUGCGGUGCCGUGCGUAUUGCACUUCUGAUUUGUGUUUAUAAGUUCGAGACAGGACCGAAAGCGGUACUGCUCUGCACUGUGUGUUGGCUGUGUGUGUGUGUUGUCGUCGUGUAUGUCGCCGUGACAUAACCUUUUGCGCGAUUAACCAAAGACCGAGCGAAUUCGAUUGAAUUUUUUGAUAGACACGCACAAGUAACGCAAACUGUUAAUCGGCGUAGUGCGUACACAAGUGAGCUCCCAAUUUAAAGUAUUUGGGAGUGUUUUUUUAUAUGACAAAUCCAUUUCUGAUGGAAGUUCCUGUUAGUUCGUUUUGUUUUCUGUGAAAGAUCGAUUUUUCCUGUUAGGGAGAAAAAUUGCUACCAUUUUCUACUAUUCUUUUUUUAUUUGUACAGUAUUUAUUAGUUAAGUUUCAACUCAUACUCAAAAAUGGAAGUUGAAGAAAAUGGGAAAAAAAGUAAAAGCAAAUCGAGUAAAUCUCGCAGUAAAACUACGAGAGGACGAGGACGCACCAAAGGUCGUACUAAGAAAGCUGUAAAAGUAAUCGAGAGCGACGAUGACGAUGUUCCUCAAAACACAGAUGAAAAUGCCAUGGACACCACCAAUCCAUCCCCAGAGUCACAAGAAACACCUGCCUCAAAUCAAAAUCAACAAAGCCAACAGUCGCAUCCUCCUGCACAACAAACGGUGCAAUCUGUUGUACCAAAUCAAUCACCGAUCGAACAAACUCAGCAAUUUGAUUUGGAAGCAGAUAUAUCCCAGUUAGAAGCACCUACAUUUACUACUAUAAAUAGGGGACCACCAGAACCCAUGUUAAGAUUAAGAUGGGAUCAUCGUGUUAAUUUGAUUGGUGAAAAAGUGUUGAAUCCUAUGAUACAUUGCUGUGAUAAGUGUCUCAAGCCAAUUCUUAUUUAUGGACGAAUGAUACCUUGUAAACAUGUAUUUUGUUUACUUUGUGCGAAAAAAGAAGAAAAAGCAUGUCCAAGGUGUAAUGAAAAAGUUGCUAGGGUUGAACAGACAGGUCUUGGUACUGUAUUUAUGUGCACCCAUGGGGGAUCAAGAUAUGGUAACAAUGGUUGUCGUAGGACAUACCUUAGUCAAAGGGAUUUACAGGCUCACAUCAAUCAUCGGCAUGUAUCAGCUCCACCACCUCAACAAGUUCAAGCGAUGCCAUUGGACAAUUCAACAUCUUAUAUUCAACACAAAGGGUCUGAUCUUAUGGAUCCAAUGAUGAAAAUGAAUAUGCAAAAUAAUCGUAUGAAGACAAUGAGUGGACCUCCUUCACAUAAUUUGAUGGGUAAUGAUCCUCGAGUCAAUGCUGGAGACCACAGACAAGGAAGACAUUAUUCUCAAACUACUUCUACAACUUCUAAUGCCAUGAGAUCAAAUUUAAUAACAGUGCCAAUUCAGGAUACAAGUUCUAUGGAAAUGCAAAAUCAAACACAACAGCAAUCUCAGAGUCAUCAUUAUUAUCACUCCGACAAUCACCCUAAUGCAGGCAUGACAGCAAGGCAUGUUGUUAUGACUAAUCAGGCACCAACACCACCUCAAGCUCCAUAUACUUAUGUAUCACAAUCUACGGUAGUUGCGUCACAAUCGCAGCAAACACUGCCACCACAACAAUAUUAUGGGCAACCUCACCCUGCCCAACUGGCUUAUGUUGCAGCAGGACAACAGGCUUAUGCACAACAACAGCAACAACAACAGCAACAGCAGCAACAGCAACAACAACAGCAGCAACAACAACAGCAGCAAAGAACUGGAUAUGUUCAGGAGCAAGCCUAUGGCGUACAACAGCAGCAAUGGCCUCAACAGCAACAGCAACAAUUUUAUAGAUAAGACGAGGAGAAAAGGACAGAUCUUGUCCUUCUUAGAUAAGAGAUGUAAAGUGAAAUUGUAUUAUAUAUAAAUAAUAUGGAAAGGUAUAAUGAACUUGGAAAAAAUUGUUUCCUAAACAGAUAAUAGAGGCCUAUAAAUAAUAUUUUAACAAGUACAUUCUAUAUUAGAGGAAUUAUCAAUACUUUCAAUUCAUUUACACAUUCAAAUUAGUCAAAUAUGAGUUUUUAUCUGUAAAAUGUAAAGUAGCAUAAGUUUUCUUUAAAAAUUGACCAUAAAUUCAUUUGUAAAUAAAUAAUUGUU